UGUUGUAUAGCGCAUGUGCGGCAUUUGGAAAUAUGAGGUUAGGUGAUACGUAGACAAAAAUAAGUUGCAAAGUUUCAUUUAGUAAAGAAAUUGACGAUGAAGACUUCAAUGAUUGCAUUGUUUUUCACUUUUUGUGUCUCAAAAUGUUAUUCCGAAUUCACCACUGAAGACUGCUGGGCCCUCGGUUUCAACAAAGCAAAUUUAUUGUGUUCUUCGUGUGAGCAACUCUCUAAAUUUAACUUAGACGUCAUAAAGGACCACUGCAAAGAAUGUUGUCACCUAGACGAAUCAGCCACCGUUGAGAAAAAGUACGCUAAAGCAGUCUUAGAGGUCUGCACUUGCAAAUUUGGAGCGUAUCCGCAGAUUCAGGCGUUUAUUAAGAGUUCCCGGCCUUUGCAAUUUCCUAACCUACAAAUUAAAUACGUAAGGGGGCUCGAUCCGAUUAUUAAACUGUACGACAAAGAUGGGGCGUUGCAAGAGACCGUUGCUAUUGAAAAGUGGAACACUGACUCUGUUGAGGAGUUUCUAAAAACGCAUUUAGUGCAACAAGAUGAUGAUUAUUUACGAACAAAUAUGAUUUAAUAAAAACAAGUUAUUUAUAA